CAACUGGCGUCCGUUGGUGUUGCGGCAACUGGCAAGCAAUCCCCGAGGCAAGAAAGAGAGAGAGAGAGAGAGAGUGAAGAGAGACAGAGAGCUGCCUGCUUCAACUUCGCGAGACAGAGAGCUGCCUGCUUCAACUUCCUGCUCUCAUCUCUCUCACAUCUCUCUCGAUAUCGCUUUAACUGAAUUCAAUCUCAGGUUUGGUUUAUUACUUUCCUUAUUCCAUGGCCUUAUACAGAAGUAUCACUAGCAUCACGGUCCCACAGAGAUCAUGGGAGUGGAAUUAGAAUCUGAGAUGACAGGACUUGAUGAAAUUGAGGAUGUUAAUUUUAGCGAUUCAGAGCUGGUCUAUCACGUUCGGGAUGCCCUUAGAUUAGUUACCCUGGGUGACAGCAACAGUUAUAACCAGCUGAUUGGGGUCAUCCACCACACUGAACAUCUCACCCCUGAUGAGGUUGCUCUUCUUGUGACAUGUUUAAAAGCACUAUCUGGAGCAGUUUCUUGUAUAGAUAAUGUUCACCAUCGGUCCCUUCUUACUUCUAUAUUUGCAAUGAGCUUGUGGAACUAUGGGCCUGAUGUGAUGGAUUCAAUAGUUGAACUAGUAAUAGCCUUGGCUGCCUCAAGUGGAAAUUAUGUUGAUUCAUGCUUGAAUAUGUUUGUAAACAAUUUCAUUCCACCUGGCCCACCUUAUUCCUUCUUGAAGCAGCCAUGCGGUGUUGCAAGAAAGGACCAAGUUCUUUAUCGCGUGCAUUCAGCGCUGAAAGACAUUGCUGAUUUAGUGCCUCUCGCCCCUUUGAAACUACAGGACUUAAUAACCGAAAGAAUGCCGAAUAUAUAUGCUGAAGAAUCUUUGAUUGUGAUAUAUAUAGAGAACAUGCUGAGAUUGGAGAGUGGUGCAAUGGGAGAAAUUAUUGGAAGCAUGAUGCUUAUUGGAGUGGUGGAUAGGCUGAUAGACUUGGAUGUGCAGAUAGAUUGGAAUGAUAUUUUACAGGAUGAUUCUAGUAAAGGCAUCUUUGAGAUGGAGCUUGGAGAGAUGGAAGGAACUGCAUAUGAUGCCGAGAAAGACUGUGAUGAGCUUUUAAUAGAAUCUUUGGGUCGGAAGAGUUAUGUGGAACUUGUGGUUGCUGAAAAGUUGGAUAGCUUGAUGGUCCUAACCUUUGAGCAUCUCAAGUCCUGUAAUGAAGCUGGCCGUUUGAUUGAGGUAUUCGGAACUCUACUCCAGUCAUUCCAGAAAACUGUUUUGACUGUGUACAAGUCAAAAUUUGCUCAGUUUGUGAUGUUCUAUGCAUGUUCAUUGGAUCCUGAUAACUGUGGUGUGAGAUUUGCCAAUAUGCUUGCAGAUAUUUUUAUGGGUGGUCAAUCCCCACUUGAUAGGAUGAGUGCUAUUGCUUUUCUUGCUAGCUAUUUGUCUCGUGCAAAGUUUGUGUCAGCCUCUAUUGUUGCUAUCAUGUUGAAGAGGCUGGUAGAUUGGUGUUUCGAAUAUUGUCAAAUCCGGGAUGGUGAAAUCAAUCCAGAAGCUCAUAGAGUUUUUUAUUCUGGAUGCCAGGCCAUUAUGUAUGUGCUUUGCUUUCGUAUGAGAUCAAUAAUGGUUGACCCCCAUCUCAAAUCACUACUUCACCUUUUGCCUAUUGAGGCAAUCUUGAAGCAUCCAUUGGACCCACUGAAGGUGUGCUUGCCAUCCAUAGUAGAAGAAUUUCUUCGGCAGGCCAAGGCAGCUCAUCUAUUUACCAUAUCUGAGAACUUUGUCUUUGAUGAUCUACUGGAAUCAGAAUUUUCCAGGGCUUUUGGUGGGAUGGAAAGGCUUGACAUGUUCUUUCCAUUUGACCCGUAUUUACUGAAAAAAUCUGACAGAUUCAUCCAGCCAAAUUUCAUUUACUGGUCGAUGGUUAGAACCACUUAUGAUGACGACGACGACGACGAAGAAGAUAGCUGCGAUGAGGAUGUUGAUGAGAUCUGUCUCAGGGGGAAUGGAUUAGACAUUGAGGAUGGUGGUGCCUCCAGCAGUUGUGAGGAGCUUGAAUUCGAUAUUGAUGAAUUUGACUAUGCAUUGAACAAAAUGUCCAUCACACCCAAGAAUUCUUUGAACUACAGAUUUGGAGGUGAAUUGCAGCGACCCAUGCAAAUGCCCUCCAGAAUCAGACCAUCCACUAGUCCCGAGUCCUUGUGAUCCAGGUUUUUUUCUCCUUAAUUGUGGAAUAUACUUAAUACUUUUUGUGACCCGGAAAAUGUAUUUGUCGACUUCAUCCACCAGUUUUGCCGUAUGAUUGCUCAUCGCCACUUCAAAGGCAUGAGUCAGGGGCCAAGACGCGAAAGAUUGAAGAAGGAUGCUGAGUCUCCAGUGAGAUGUGAAAGAUGUCUGGCUAGAGUGAGUUCAGCAGUAAUGUUGGUACUGCAGUUUUGUGAUUUCUUAUUUCCUCAACUUCACUCACGCAAAUUUUUGUAAUAUUUGUCCACUCAAUCUAAAUAUAGUUAAUAUUUAUCGCA